CUGAUAACAAUAAGCAGAGAAGAUGAAUGAAAAGGCGGAACAGAACGGUUACGCCGCCGCCGGCGACGGCGAUGGCGGCGACGGAGGAUGUACUUUGGUUGAUGCCGGUGAUGCGAUGUUGCACGGAGGAAGAGGAAGUACAGUUAGUAGUGGAAGAGUCAAAGAGCCCUGGUCGCCGGAGGAAGAUGCAAUACUGACUGAACUUGUUAAUAAGUUUGGUGCAAGGAAUUGGAGUAUGAUAGCGCAAGGAAUUGCAGGUCGUUCUGGGAAAUCGUGCCGACUUCGGUGGUGUAAUCAGCUUGAUCCGGUGCUUAAACGCAAGCCUUUUACUGAUGAAGAAGACCACAUUAUAAUUAAUGCGCAUGCCGUCCAUGGAAAUAAAUGGGCCGCAAUUGCAAAAUUGCUCCCUGGUAGAACAGACAAUGCAAUUAAGAACCACUGGAACUCUACACUAAGGCGUCGAUUUGCAGGGCUAUGGAGGGUUAAACCAGUAUGCAGCAUGAUGUUAGAUGAUAGUAGCAUUUACAAAGCCAAGGCAUUAUCUGAAGAAACUAUGUCACGUGAAGAUGUUAACCAAAUUAAGCCCCUCGAAAUGCAAGAAGUUAGUCGUACUGAGUGCAUGACCAGCCAGUCUGAAGACAAAGAUCAAAUAUAUGGGACGUGUGGUAUUCCUGAGAAAACUCCACACUUCGCUUUUGAAAGAAGUCGUCCUACAUCUAUGGGAAACAGUGAUCCACCUGCUUCUCAUCCAACUGAGAAAAUUGGCGCAUUUAAUGUUUAUAACCCUUCUGUAACUUCAAGAAUAGUGCCAAUGCAGGGGCCUCUGAUCCACACUUUCUCACCAGACUUUGAUAUAUGCAAACUUCUUGAAGGUGUAUCUGGUGAAACCAUAGUUCCUCAGGGGUGUGGCCAUGGUUGCUGUGCAGCUACCACCAAGAGCACCUCCAAAAGUUCAUUGUUGGGUCCCGAGUUUGUUGAUUACGAGGAACAUCCUCCUCUCCUCAGCCAUGAGUUAGCUUCUAUGGCCACAGAUUUGAACAACAUUGCUUGGAUCAAAAGUGGACUAGAGAAAGCUGGCAAAUUAUCCAGUCUAGCCACAAGCCAAAGAAAUUCUCAACGUAGUUCUGCUCAAGUGGGUUUUGGAUAACAGGGCACAAAAUUAGAUAACUCUUUUUGGAAGGACCAAGCCCGUCAAUUAGGAUGAUGACCGAUGUAUCUUCGAGACUUCAACUCCAAUGUCUAUGCUAAAUAUUGGAUUG